UGAAGCUUUUUAUUGUCCUGAUGGCCUUGGUGGUACUUCUGGCCGUUUUCACAGAUGCAUCACCAAUUGUCACGGAAAAACAGGCCAAACAAGUUUUACGGAGUAAGCGUUCUGACAGACCACGGAAGGCAGGACAUGCCGAUGAACCGAUGAGGGAGUACAUGCUCUACCUGCAGCGUCUGGAGCAGAGGUCAGAAGAACAGUUCUACGAGCACUGGUGGAAUCCUCACUGUCAGCCUCACUGUAAUCGUAAUAUCGUCAACCCUGUUUAAUGUCUUCAACGUGUCUGUACACCUGAAGAAGAUCUGGACCUGAUCGGAGAAGACUGUCACAAAUAAGAAGAAUCUGCUUUAUGCUUGUUUGCACUGGUAUCCCUAGGGCACCAGGACCACACCAGUAGCAUCCUAUCAAACUAUCCUGUCGAAACUGAGAGUUUUGCUAUAGUGGAGGGUGGAGAACAAACGCCAUGAGUAAUUAUAAAUUGCUUGUG